AUGUCUGAAAAAUAACCAAUGAAAUAGCUAAUGAAACUAAAUACUGGAGAUUCUCUAGAUAAAAGAACAUUAAAGAGCUAAAAUACAGGUGGUUAGGAAAAACUCCGACUAAAAGAAAAUAAUCUUAGUUAAAUAACAGCAAAUAAUAACCCUUCUCCUUCAAAUAACUCUCCACUUCCUCUAAACAAUCAAGAUGUCAGAAUAGAUAUGUAUGAGUUGGAGAAAAAAAUUAACUAGAAUAAGAAGAUGAAUGAAGAUCCUUAAUUAGAAUAAGCUAAUAUUGAGCAAUGUCAGCCUGAAAUGACCUCGCUUUUUUCCAGCGAUGACACAAGAAGAGCUUUUAUCCGUAAGGUUCUUGGAAUCAUUUGUGCGCAGCUUAUAAUCACCACACUUUUUAUUUUGGUUGGAGUAUUUUCUCCUACCUACCAAAACUUCUAAUAAAACAAUAAAUGGUUAACCAUAUUUUGUCUACUUUUGAACAUAGCACUCCUCUUUGCGCUCUACUGUUUCCGUGACUUCUGUCGCCAAGUUCCUAAAAAUUAUAUUUUGCUAUUUCUUUAUACUUUUUCUGAGAGCUUUUUAAUAAGUUAUCUUUGCGGAGUCACUAACCCAACAGUUGUCUUAUUAGCAGGAGCUUUAACCACAAUAAUUGUCUUUGCUCUUUCAAUUUAUGCCUGUUUUUCAAAAACUGACGUAACAAUGAAGACCUCCCUCUUAAUUUAUUUCCCUCUAGCUGUCAUAGUUAUAUUGAUAGUCGCUGGCAGCUAUCAAUCUUAUAUGAGCUAAGUAAUAGUUAGUUUGGCUAUUAUUGGGUUAUUUUCACUAUACCUUGUAUUCGAUCUAUAAAGAUUAAGUGGAAAGAAAUCAAUUACAUAUACAAUGGAUGAUUAUAUAAUUGCCGCAUUAGAUAUCUACAUAGAUAUAGUUAUUAUGUUUAAAGAGCUUAUUUAUCUUCUCUCUAGAUGA